GGGGUAAUGUCGUACAACAACCCCCACCCCAUCUUUCCAUAAGAUCUGCAAAUGCUGAAACCAAAGGUCAACGAGCAUCUGUGUUUAAUUGGAAACGAAAAUAGACAAAAAUUUUGAAAAAAGAAAAAAGAUAUAUAUAUAUAUCAUGGGUGGCCUUUUGAAGCAACCAAGAUAAAUAAUAAAAUAACAUUUAUCUUAAAAUGGAAAAAGAGAAAGUGGAAGACAAGCCAGAAGAAAUAGAAAGCCAAGACAUUUACGUCCCUACUUUUGUCAUUCCAGCUCUAACUUCUCCGCAAGAGACUACAAUGGCACAAGUGGCUGUACUUCCUUCAGACAACAGGAGAUUGAAUGAGAAUACUUUGGCUCAAGUGGCGGUGUUUCCAUCAGAAAAAUUCCAAAGCGAAGGAAUGAAAUAUGCCAAAUCCUGCUUACAGAGGAAGCAAACGAUAGGUGGACAGAAAUUAACAAUUAAAAAAAAUGACGAAAAUGUACCUGAAAUAUGGGAGAUGGAUAAAGUGCUGGUAAGCAGAAUUAACCCAGGGACAACUGACGACACACUGAUGAAUUAUUUGGGGCCAGCUGCUGGGGUGGAUCCGAUAGAUGUGGUCCGAGGAGCAAAACCUGAUACAGUAAUAAUAGUGUUUGAGGAGAAACCAGAUUUUCCCAAGAUGUUAAAACGCUGCAACUCCAGAAAACUCAAUGGCAAGUCAUUGCUCAUACAAAUGGUAGAGAAAUGUAGAUCGGUGUAUGCUCAAGACAUUGAUGAAAGCAUCACAUAUGAUACGGUGGAGAAUUUCUUCUGUAACAAGAAAAGAAGUGGAGGUGGUGAGGUGGAGGAAGUAGAUUACCAUCCAGAAGACGGAUACUGUGUGGUUCUGUUUGAAAAUCCAACAGAUGCAGAGAAUGUGGCCUCAAGAGAAAAAAUUACAAUAAAUGGAAAAGAAAUAAGAGUACAAAUGUUGUAUUCUCAACUAGGGUUGCCAGAGCAACCAAUUAACUGGGCAGACUUGCCCUCCAUUAACUAUCCUUGUGAAAAACACUUUCUAAAAUUUGUCAAAAAUGUUGAGGUGGUAGCAAAGGAAAUUGAGAAGACAAUGCAGGAGAAGUUUGUAAAGGUUGAAUGGCCGAAAUCAGGAUCAGACUUUGAUGUGAAGCUGAUAUGCUCAGUAACUAAAGAGGUGGAAAAUGCUAGAGGUAUUCUAAAAAAGUGGAAAGAGGAAGCCCAGAAAAGCAUGGAAAACUUGAUUGGCAAGUAUGCAGUUCAAAAACACUCGAUUUUACCAGAGGCAUGGGACACUUUCCUAGACAAGUUAAAAAUGCUUAAUAUUGAUCACCCAGAAAAAGUAGCUGUUUCAUUAGAAGCCAAACAACAUAUAGUAGUAGUUGUUGGAUUAGUAGAAAAUGCAGAAGCCUUGACAAGAAAGAUCCUAGAUUUUGUAAAAAUAGAGGAAUUGAAAAUAAAAACCAAGAAAGAGAAGAUUGAGAAAAAUGUUCCUUUAGAUUUUCACAAAUGCCAGCAACUUUGGAAAACACAGUAUCGGAAGAAACUAAAGGCAGAAUUUCCAGAUGUUGAUAUGAAUAUUGAUAUUGAUAAAAAAGAAGUAAACUUUUCUGGGAAAUCUAGUGAAGUGAAUGAGGCCAUGAUAAAAAUGCAUGAAUAUCUGAUGAUAACUAAAUCAAAGUCUUUAAGAAUAUCCAUAGGGAGACAUGAAGUGUUUAAAUCCAAGGAUGUUAGGGAUUCGUUUCUUGCAGAAAUGAAAGCCAAAAACAAUGAAGCUGUAUGGAAUGUUACAGAAGACAAAGUGGAAAUGACGUCAUCAAACAUGAAAAUGGUGGAAGAGGCCUUAAUACUCUUUGAUGAAUUCAUACCAGAGAAAUCAAUUAAAGUAAAACAGCUAGUGAAAAUUUUGACCACACACGAAUGGCAAGCUUGUGUAAAGAAGUUAAGAGAGUCAUAUGGCAAAAAAUUGAACAUUUUUUCGUCUGCUUCUGAAAUCUGUGUCACUUCUACAAAGGAUAUUUUUCAGACUGUGUGUACAGAAGUUGAACACGUUUUGGAGGAAUGUUCCAAAAAAUGCUCUGUUGAUAAAACACUUGUCAGAUUGACAAAUGCUCAGUUUAAUUAUGUGAAAUAUUUUGGAGAAAAAGAGUUGAUGAAGUUGUCAGACGAAGCCAAAGAGAAAGAUUUGAAAAUUACCCAAAAUCAAGAGAACCAUUCCAUAGACAUCAGUGGCAAUUAUGAAGAUGUCAAAAAAGCAAAGGAAAAGUUCAUGAUAUUUGUGGAGAGACUGAGUGAAGACAUAUACAGUAUAACGAAGCCAGGAGCGAAGGUUUUUUUCAACUCAGCCAACGGACGGGAAGCCAUUAAAAGAACAGCCAAAGCCUCUUCCUGUAUCAUCAUGAACGGUGGUCAUCAAUGUCACGGUAGUAAUGAUAGAGGUCAGAAAAGCAGACAGGCAGAAAACAGGAUUACUUUUUUAAUUAUGUCAAACUCCAGAGACAACAUUAGGAAGGCCAAAGUCAAGCUGGAUGAAGUGAUGGACAGUGAAUUUGGCCGGACAGUAAUAGAUAUAUCAAAGCACACGCUAGCUAAUUAUCAGAAACUGGAAAUAAAGAGAUUAGCAAAUGACACCGAGAUUACCAUUGAAACUACAAAUAUCGUAAUUGUGGGACUUAUAGCAAAUGUCUAUGAUACAACAGUAGCUAUUCAUGAGUAUAUCCAAAAAGUUAAGUCUGAAACCAGAGAAGAAUCCGACCUUAAAGUCAAGGAGAAUGCCUCUAGGAUUGGGAAAUUUGUGAAGUGGCAGUACGAGGUCUGGUGUAACAAGUGGAUUGACUUUAGGGAAGAUGUAAACUAUCAGAUAGAAACUGCUCAUCUGUUGAGGGAGGAAUCUUGUACUAUACAAGACAGGACGGGAACUGAGUAUGUCAUCGACUUUAAGAUAAUGGAGGAAUUUGAGAAGAACAGAAGUAAUAACAGAUAUAAAAUUCAGAGAUUGGAAAAACUAGCUACUUCUGUUUGCUUGCCAUCCAAAUGGGCCCCAAUGAAGAGAAAACAGGUAAUGGUAGAAGUUAAACUGAAUUCUAGUGAGGAAGAGUAUAAACAAGUUCUACAGAGAUUUCAGGCCACCAGUCAAGAAGAUGUGACCGUUACAGAGAUAAGAAGAAUACAGAAUCCAUAUCUAUAUCAACAAUAUGCGGCAAAGAGAAUAGAAAUCCAAAUGAAGAAUGGAAAAGACCCCGAGCAAUGGUUGUGGCAUGCAGCCUAUCCUCACACGGUUAAUAAAAUCAUCAGCAAUGGAUUCAAAAGGCAGUACUGUAUCAGACAUGGUACAUGGUGUGGGGCUGGUGUCUAUUUUGCUGUGAAUGCCUCCUAUUCUGUUGGUUACUGCAGAGUGGACACCCAGGGACUCAGACAUAUUUUCUCCGUCCAAGUCGCCACUGACGAAGUUUGCCAGGGAAGUGGAAGUUUAAAUGUACUUCCUCAAAAACCAGGUGCAAAAAGCCACGAGACUUACGAUUCUGCCUCCGAUAAUCCUAGUAGACCUGUGAUGUUUGUGAUAUUUCAUGACAGCCAAGCCUAUCCAGCAUAUCAUAUUAUAUUAAAAUGAUUCAAAAAGGUCGACAUAUCUGUGCUUUUAAAAAAAAUAAUUAGGUCUUUCCACCUUUCUGUGGAGAGACCUCUUGAAAUGCUUCUGUUUCUAAUUAUUUUAUUUCUCACCUUAGCUUUUGAGACCGUAAGACUUAUCGAAAAACUUUAUAGCUCAUCAUAUUGAAUAUUUUAAAUUAUUCCAUAAAACGUCCCCCUGUGUUUGAACUUUAACCCCUUACCUAGUUAUUAACCUUUCACCGUAAAGCUUGUUAUCGCUACUCCUCUGAAACCGUAAACCGUAGAGAUACAAAACCUUCACCAAUGUCUUCAACUAAUUUAGGAGACUUUUCAAUCUUUUCAUUGCGAAAGUUUUCUUCGACCCCUUCAAUGAGUUUCUGCCCCUGCAAGU